AUGGGCUUUGUUAAUAUAUGGCAGGUAUUUGCGUUUUUCUGGCAUAAAAAUUCUAGCCAGAAUUCCCAUGGAAAUAUUGCCCAGGCAGACAGCUUCGUUUCUUAUGGGCUCUACGGCCAGCAGAUUUACAGCAGUAUAAGACGGAUGGUUGUUUUCAAGGAGAGGAACGGAUUCUGCUUGUGCUUGCCUAUUUCCACAUACUCAAAACAGGGCGUGGCAAAGAAAGGCGUUGAUCCUUCAAAACAUUCAAUUAUCUAUAUGGAAGGUACUCUGCCUGAAAGAGGCCCAAAUGAACCCCCAAUGGUCAAAGACCCCAUCGCUGUCAUACCUGCAACAAGUGAGAUUAAAUUGGAUAGAAUGUCGCGUCUGAACUUUGAAAUAAUCCAUACUGUGGAACAUAACCAGAGGGUUAUGGCAAUUGGAAAGAUUGCGGACGCAUCAAUGCCCAAGUUUAUCAAUUAUGCAAAGUAUGAAUUGGGUCUAUAG